UCAUCCUCCUCUAACGCCAUCUUUUCAGAUAACCUCUAAAUUUGAAUGUCAUUUUUGAGGUUAGAUUUAAGCGAAUACAAAUUUUGAAAUAACACUUGGAAAAAUUAAUACGACAGUCACGAUUAAAAUAAUGAUAUAAUUUGAUGAACUAGUUUAUAUAAUCUGACGAAUAUUUUUAUGUCAAAUAUUGUCUUAAAAGAACGUUCAUAUAAAAGAUGUUCACUAUGUUUUGAAGUAUAAGAAGAAAAUAAAUAUAACAAAUUACCUGAAUUGUACUUUUAUCCUUUUGUAAACUGUUAUUUGAUUAAUCGUUUUAUGUUAACAAUGAAUUAUGAAACUGAUGUACAAAAAUUUCAACAGGCAUUGUUGGACGAUGCUCUUUUAAAGGGCAUCCAAAGAAAUGAAGAACAGUGCAAAGUAUGGAGAUCUUAUAAAAAGGGUCAUGAAAAAGUUGCAGAAACAUUGCAAACUUUCCAAAAAGAUUUAUAUGUCAAUUGUAUGGUACCAAUUGGUAAAAGAGCAUUGAUGAAAGGAAGAUUAAUUCACACUAAUGAAGUCCUUGCUUUCUUGGGUGAUGGAUACUUUGCAAAAUAUAGUGCCACAGGAGCAGCAGCUCUCUGUCAAAGAAGAAUACAAAAAGCAGAGGAAAUGCUAAAAAAUCUAAGUGCAGAAAGAGAUUUAUAUGAAACUAGGAUGAUGGUAUUGGAAGGUGAUCUCUUUGAAGAUUGUGCUGGUACAGAAAUUGUGGAGCAUUGGAAUGAAGAACAAAUUGAUGAAUGGAGAAAAAAACAUAGAGAAAAAGAGAAGGAGUAUCAUCAGAAAUUAAGCAAAGUUCGUCAAGAAGAAAGAAAAAAGAUUAAAACAGAAGAAGAUCUCUUUAACAGACUUGAUCAGCUUGAAAUUGAAGAAGAGUUAGCAGAUGAACUCGAUAGAUUAGAAGAGGAAGGGUAUGAACUUUUUGGAGAAGAAUUAGGAGAAGGGGAAUAUGAAUAUGAAACAGAAAAUUCCUCAGAAAGUGAACAGAAUAGUUCCAGAGAGAAAGAUGAACAUAUCUUAGAAUCUAUGAAGGAGAGUAAAGAAAAUGUUAAAAGUGGAACAGUAAAGUCAGUUUCAUUUGCAGAAACAGAUAGUAGUAUAAAAAGGGAUGAAAACUUAGAAAAAGCACAAGAUACAAAGAGUGAAGAUGUAGAAGGUUCAGAAGAAGAUAUUCUUCACAUAGAAUUUAGUCAUUCAUCAAGUAACCCAGUUAUAAAAUCGGAUGGAGAUUCGAUAGAAUCGCCAGCAGAUAUUUAUAAGAUAUUUUCCAAGCCUAAAUCUAUUUUAAAAAGAUCACCAAACGAUAUUAUUCCUGUACAAGUUGCUCCUCCUGAUUAUAGUACAGAAGAGGAUGAAGAAGAAGAGGAAGAAUCAAAUAAACCUUCAGCAUACGAAACUGUGGUAAGAGAUAUUAAGGAGAGGGAUACAGCAACACCUACAACCGAUGCUUCGAAGACAGCGAAGGACACUCGGCCGAUUAGUAAAUUCAAAAGAGAUCGCCAGCUGAAACAAUAAUAGCUAAUUAAAGAAUGUUAAAUAUAUAGCUAGCUUUUUGCUAAAAAAUAAAAAUUGUAUAAUGAGAUUUUUUAGUCAUCUUUUUGUAAAAAAAAAAAAUGA